AUGAAGAUUCUCAUUAUUGGCGCGGCAGGCCGAGUCGGCUCAGCCGCCCUCGCGGCAUGCCUCACUAAGCAACACCACGUCACCGCCUUCCUCCGCAACCCCUCCAAGCUGCCCCCCGAGCUGCGCAACCACCCCCGCCUCCGCAUCACCCAAGGCGACGCAACCUCGCACUCCUCCCUCGUCGAAGCGAUCGGGGACACCGACGCCAUCAUCCAAGCCGCCGUCUACGGCUCCAACACGCCCUUCGGCACCUCGGAUUCGGAAAAGGUCGUCCGCUGCAUCAUCAACGCCGUCAAAGAAGUGCAAGCGUCACGCCCGUUACGGUCGAGGCCGAUAAGACUGUGGGUGAUGUCCGGGCAGGUGUUGAUGGACAUUCCGGGGUAUGCGGGCAAGAUUGAGGGGGAUGUGUUUCCGAUCCAUCCGGAGCAUUACAAGAAUUACGACUUUUUGCGGAACGAUGCCAAGGAUUUGGAUUGGAGCUUGCUGUGUCCCGGGAGGAUUGACCAGGGGGAGCCCACGGGUCCUUUGGUGGUCACGACGGAUCGGGUUGGGCUUUGGCAGGAACCUUGGAUUGCGGGGAGGAUAUCUUUUAUCGGGCCAGCUCUGAACGUCAUCUAUAAUUGGAAGCAGCAGAGAUUGACGUACGCUUCCGUCGGGGAAUUCUUAUCUAAUCACCUCGGUCCUGGGGACGAAUGGAGAGGGAAAAGGGUCGGCUUGCUCGAGGACGCGAGCAAGCAUGUCGGAAAUUAUGAUGAAGCUUAG